GGAAUGGUGGCCGACAAUCUUCCGCCUCCACAAGAGGUAGUAAAUCUACUGCAGAUGUAUAACAUUGGAAAAGUGAGGAUUUUUCAGGCACAUCAGAUAGCUCUGAGAGCCUUGGCAAACACAGGCAUUGAAGUUAUUGUGGGAGUGGGCAACGAUGAGCUUCAAAUAAUAGCAGGUGAUGAAGCCGCAGCAAACGGGUGGGUGAAGGACAACAUUAGUUCAUUCUAUCCCUCCACCAACAUCAAAUACAUUGCAGUAGGAAACGAAGUCCUUUCAAACUCACAAUAUAUUCCCUAUCUUGUCGAAGCCAUGAAAACAAUUCAAGCUGCAAUACAAGCUGCCAAUCUGCAGAACAAUAUAAAAGUUUCUACAACGCAUGCAUCUUCCGUGCUAGGGAAUUCAUAUCCUCCUUCACAGGGAGAAUUUCGUGCUGACGUGAAGGAUAUCAUGAAGUCUAUACUCGACUUCCUGGCAGAAAACGAGUCUCCUUUCAUGGCAAAUGUGUAUCCAUACUUCAGCUACCUGGACAACAAAGCCCAGAUAUCAUCAGAUUACGCGUUGUUUAGGUCGUCCACUGCUGUAGUGAACGACGGAGGUCUUCUGUAUAAAAAUCUGUUCGACGCAAUGAUCGAUUCGUUGAUUGCAGCCGUGGAGAGAAUGGGAUAUCUGAAUAUAGAGAUAAUGGUGACUGAGAGCGGGUGGCCCUCGGAGUCGGGAGGAAUUGAAGAAGCGGCUAACAUGGAAAAUGCAAGGAUUUACAAUAACAAUCUAAUUAGGCAUGUGUUGUCCGAGGAAGGAACACCAAGGAGACCAGAAAGGCUAAUCGAUGCAUACAUUUUUGGCCUUUUCAAUGAGAACUUGAAGUUCGGCCAAGAGACGGAACGCCAUUUUGGACUCUUCUAUCCUGAUGAAAUCCCUGUUUACCAUGUCGAUUUCUCCUUUGGAUGAGGAA